AUGGCUAGAAAGAAGUCCGCUGCCAAGAAAGCGAGAGAAGAGGCACAAAAAGCCGCAGUUUUGGAUGUGUCUCUGGAAGCACCACAACCAUCAACGACGGUCCAAAAGGACAGUAAAAGAGUCGCAUUUGAGGAAACUCCUAUUGCAGAAGAAAACGAGUCUCUAACAUCGUCUGAGGAAGAGGAUGAAUAUGGAGAAAUGUUGACAGAAAAAGUCGAAGCCCUGAUUGAAAAGGUGAUCAAAACAUUGAAAACAGACCCAAAGAAGUUGUUAGAUCCAAACAUCAAGUUCUUCAAUGAUGACGAUGAAGAUAAUACUAAUGCGACUUCAGAGACCAAGGAAAAACCAAUGUAUUUGAAGGAUUAUCACAGAAUGAACUUACUUUCUGGAGCCUUCAAGGAGGAAGACGACGCUAAUGAGUUUGAGACAGUCGACGGUGAGAAACCUUUUGUCGUGACUGAGAGGGAAGAAAGAAACCAAUUGCUUAAUGAUAUCAAAAAUGCAUUCAACGAUGAUGGUGAAGAAGAGAGCGAUAACAAUGACGAUGAUUUCUUGAAGAAGAAAGAACAUCCUACUAAAGUCGAAGAUAAAGCUCCAGCUUUGCCUGAUCCUUCUGAUAACCCUGACGCCUUCUUGUCCGCAUUCCUUGAUAACCAAGCUUGGAUACCUAAGAAGAAUGAUAAAGUAAUCAACUUGGACCAGAUGGACAAUGAAGAUGAACAAGACUUUGAUGACGCUGUGGAAGAUUUCGAAAAAGCUUACAACUUCAGAUAUGAGGACCCCAAUUCUGCAGAAAUUGUGUCAUACGCUAGAAACCAAGCUACUUUGAGAAGAGGUAAGACGAACUCUCGUAAGAGAGCUAGGGAGAAGAAGCAUGCAAUCAAGGAGCAGGAGAUCCAUGAAAAGGAACAGGCAGUUCAAAAGAAGAAAACAGCUAAAUUGAAUAAGGUCAUCGAUCGUUUGAGCAAGAUAAAAGAAGCUGUUGGAGAUGAUGUCAGUGACGAGGUCAUUGAAAAAGUUUUUGGCGACUCUUUGCUAAAUGAUGACUUUGACGAUACUGACUGGGAUUCAAAGAUGGCUGAAAUUUUCAACGAGCAGUAUUACUCUUCUGAAAUUACUAAGCCUGAAUGGGAUGAAAAUGAUGAGAUCAUGGCUGACUUCCAUGCUUCUAAAAAGGAGGAAGAAGAAGAGGAUGCUGGUGUAUCUGGUGGUGAUGAAGUUGACGGAGGUGAGGAAGAAGCAGAAGAACCCGCCAAAAAGAAAUCAAAGAAAGAGAAAUUGAAAGAGAAAAAGUUGGCAAAAAAGGAGAAGAAGUCAAUAAAGGAAAAAGCAGAGCAAAUCGUUGAAGCUAACAAGAUGAAGAUCGUCGAAGAGGUUGAAGAAGAAAGAGGGCGCUUAGCUCAACAAGACCCUACUAAAUUCAAGUACCGUGAAGUUUCUCCUGAGAGUUUUGGAUUAUCAACUAGAGAAAUUCUUUUGGCUGAUGAUCAAGACUUGAACAAAUUUAUCAGCAUCAAAAAGUUUGCACCUUACAGACCAAAGGAACUUGCAUUAAAGGAUAAGAGAAAACUUACCAAGAAAAAACAAUUGCAGCAAUGGAGAAGAGAAGUUUUUAAGAGCAAGGAAGGUCCCAGAAGACAGGCGAAUGAAGGAGAAAACGAGGUUUGGAUUCCAGCUGAAGAACAGGUGCUGAAGAAAAGUCUGAAGCAUUCGACUAGAAGAUAG